UUCUUUUCCUGGGUUUAGACAUAGUGACUCAAUGGAAGGGCAAUGGGGGUUUUUCGUUACCCCAGGCUGAUUAUUCUGAUUGACUCCACCCUCCAUUAUUCUGCCCUGGACCGUAAAGCGCAUUCAGCGAAGAGAGACAGGAGGACACGAAACCCACAUACUUUUUUCAGCACUCUUCCAAGUGGAAUUUUAAACUAGUUUCCAUGGAGUAAUGUCUUCCAAAGGUUUCGAUGUGUUUUUGUAGAAAACAAGGACAGUGCAUUCCUGAAGAGGUGGAUGUUUAUAAGAACGGUGCGCGUAUAACUUUGUAAACUGAGCUUAACCAGCGCUUCCAACUAUGGCGCUGAGAGCGAGAACAUUAUACGACUUCAUCUCUGAAAAUCCCGGCGAGAUCUCUGUGACAGAAAACGAACUUCUAACUUUGUGUAGUGAAGAGAUUGUCGAUGGUUGGCUGGAGGGUACAAACAGCAGAGGUGAGACCGGACUCUUCCCUGCAUCAUACGUGGAGAUUAUAAAGAUUGAUCUGCCAGUGCACGGUAACGGGACAUCCGGUAGUACUGAAUAUUACCACCAAACUAGUCCUCAGAGGAGGGACACCUCAAAUGAGUCGACACCCACUCAUUCCGCUAUUUACCUGGGACAUCUUCAACAACAGCGACACAGUUUUCAGACGAGCCAAGGAAGCGACGAGGAUUGGGACGAUGAUGACUGGGAUGACAACGUAAAUGUGGAGGAACAAGGCGGGAAACCUGAAAAAAGCGGGAAUCCUCAAGCAGGUUAUUACAGCACAGGUUCCACAGCGGCUCGACGCGGUAGUUCGCAACAGUCUAAAAGCACAGCGACUGUUGGCAAAAAUCUCAACAGGUUUACAACCUUUGUUAGGUCAGGAGGCGAAGCUUUCGUUUUGGGCGAAGCUUCAGGUUUGGUCAGAGAUGGAGACAAAAUAUUCGUUUAUAUGGGCCAGCAUGGGCCAGAAUGGCAGGAGAACGCUUAUCCAUUUACUUGCACUGUCGACGACCCCACAAAACAGACCAAAUUCAAAGGCAUGAAGAGCUAUAUGUCCUAUGGACUUACGCCCAGUCACACACAGAUCCAAGUGAACAGAAGAUACAAACACUUUGACUGGCUUUAUGCACGGCUUGUCGAAAAGUUUCCGGUUAUUUCAGUCCCUCAUUUGCCUGAAAAACAGGCCACGGGUCGAUUCGAGGAGGACUUCAUUUCCAAGCGGAGGAAAGGUUUAAUAUGGUGGAUGAAUCACAUGGCGAGUCAUCCAGUUUUAUCCAAGUGCGAUGUUUUCCAGCAUUUCCUUACCUGCAGCAGCAAUGACGAAAAAGCCUGGAAGCAAGGCAAGAGGAAGGCAGAGAAGGACGAGCUAGUUGGCGCCAAUUUCUUCCUCACUAUCUGUCCUCCAGCCUUACCUCUUGACUUACAAGAGGUGGAGAGCAAAGUAGAUGCUUUCAAAACGUUCACCAAAAAGAUGGACGAAAACAUCAUACAAGUCAACGUCACCAUAAACGAAUUUGCCCGAAAGCAGAUCACAGGUUUUAAGAAGGAAUAUCAGAGAGUUGGGCAGGCUUUCAGACUUAUGAGUCAGGCCUUCGAAUGCGACCAGCAAGUGUACUCCAUUCCAUUAAACAAGGCCAUGGUGUACACUGGAGAAAUCUAUGAGACCAUUGGGGAAUACUUUGCAGAACAGCCCCGUCAGGAUUUGGAGCCAAUUUCCGAUCUUUUAGCGAUUUACCAGGGCCACCUUGCAAACUUCCCAGACAUUAUCCAUGUAGAGAAAGGAGCCCUGACCAAGGCAAAGGAGAGCCAUAAAGAUGGCACUGCUGGCGGAGGUAUCCACGAGCGCUGCAACAUCAUCUCCUGCGCUACACUAGCAGAGAUCCAGCACUUUCAUCGCAUACGAGUGCGUGACUUCAAGGCACAGUUGCAACAUUUCUUACAGCAGCAGAUCAGCUUCUUUCAAAAAAUCACAGGCAAGUGCUUCAGACAGAGGGCUGGGGGCGGUACUCUCGCAGGUGGUGGAGGGGGAGGAACGCCCGGUGCUGUACAUUAGGCGCAAGCUCUCGCUGAGGGAGACUAAGUACAGCACUGUUGAAAAGGAGUGUCUUGCCAUCAAAUGGGCGGUCCUCAUUCUCUGGUACUACCUGCUGGGGCAGACCCUCACUCUCUGUUCAGACCAUGCCCCACUCCAGUGGCACCAACGCGCUGAUCACCCGUUGGUAUCUGGCUCUUCAGCCGUGUAAGUUCAAGGUGGUCCACAGACUGGGAGCUCAGAUGGCUGUCGCCGACUUCCUUUCCAGAAAUGGGGGGAGUGGUAGACAGGACGGAUAUCUCUCCGGCCUGAGUCUUUUGGGUUUUUAUAAUGGGGGUUUUCAACUUAUCAGUAAAUAAACAGAUCUGUGGUAAACAUU